UGUUUAACUCCUCCAGGUAAAGGUGCGUCCACACGAUCGAACAAUGCUCGACGGACAAAAUUGUUACCAACUACCAGUGGAAAGCGGAAAGGCUCGUUGAUGACGUCAGAAGCGAGCACCAAGUGGUGUACCGGACAUUGUCCGUGUUCGCAGCAUCGAAACGUCAGACACUGUCUGGUGUGGAAUUAUACGAUACUGCCAGACACUCGACGAGCAAAGUCACUUGGUUACAGGAUUUUCAAAGUCCGUCAGUUCAUUAGUUCUCAUCGUCCUGUGACCAUGGCCAGCAGUACCUCAGUCAAUGAGAAGAGUUGCCACUGGGACAGAAAAGAGACCCUGCUACUAAUAGAACUAUACCGGCAGAAUCCAUGCCUAUGGAAUGUAAAGUCUACUGUGUACAAGGAUAGGAACAAACGUGUCGCGGCCAUUAAUGAAAUAACGGCAGGACUGAAUAGAAAUGGAUUAUCUGUUACUGCUUCUGAAGUGAAGAAAAAAAUAGAAUCCAUCCGUAGUCAAUAUAGGAGAGAACUACGAAAACAGGAGAAAUCAAAGAAGUCGGGGGCUGGUGCUGACGACAUUUACACCCCCAUAUUAUGGUGUUUUGAUGACCUCUGCUUCCUCAACGAUGGCGACAGCAAGAGAGAAUCCGUGUCAAGUAUGGAUAGCCAAGUGUCUCUUGUGCCUGAAGAAGUGUCUGAUCAUGAGAUUUUCAAUGAUCCUAUACUUCAACAAAAUGAAGAUGGUUCUGUAACCCAUACAACACCAACGCCUGUCACACCUGUCCCAAGUACAUCGCAUGAUAAUGUACCACCUGCAACGCCUGAGUCUUCACGCAUUCAGACUCAAACUACCCGAGGGAGAAAAAGGUCUUUACUCACUGACGAGAGGCAUGAGGUGCUUGAAGAAGCGCUUCAUCAACUGAAAGAAUUAUCUCGAUCGGAGAAGGAUAGCGAUGAAGAAAGUGCUUUUGGUGAUGUUGUUACCAAUGAUUUGCGAAAGAUGAAUGUAGAAAAUAGGAUCCAUGCACAGAAACUAAUUUCUGAGGUACUUUAUCUGGGGAAAUUAGGGAAGCUCACCUUUUCAUCCAAGGUUGUUGGCUAAUUAUGUAGUACGACCAUUAUUGUCUGUAUUGAAGUGGCAUUAAUAUGUUAACAAUAAAUCUGUGACAGUUAA